UUAAAACACGGAAUAUUUAUGUGCAGCAUUGUGAUAAUGAUGUUCUUUGCAAUAUUAGGGGGUUACGUCCUCACAUCAGUUCUCUUUUUCAAAUAUCCUAACUUCAUACACAAAAGAAAACAGCUAAAAUUUAAAUGUCGCCACAUAAGUCACCGGGGUGGAGCUGGAGAAAACUAUGAAAAUACCAUGAUAGCAUUUCAGCGUGCUCUAGAGCUUGGAACAGAUAUGCUGGAACUUGACUGCCAUAUAACAAGAGAUGGACAUGUUGUCGUUUCUCAUGAUCACAAUCUAAUGAGGAGCACUGGUUCUGAUUCUGAUAUUUCACAGCUUAACUAUAAUGAUAUGCCUCUUCUAAAGCCUGAACUUCCUCUUGACUUUGAUCCUGGUAAAACAUUUGUUGGUUCAGGAAAACCAGAGGAACGAAGGUUCACCCUAUUGGAAGAUGUUUUUAAAAAAUUUCCAGAGGUUCCCAUCAACAUAGAUAUUAAAGUUGAUAAUGACUUGCUAAUUAAGAAAGUUUCCAAUCUUAUUACCAAAUACAACCGUGAAGAAUAUACAGUGUGGGGAAAUUUCAAUGACAUAGUUACUAGGAAAUGUUAUGCUGAAAACCCACGUGUUAAUUUGCUCUUUUCCAUGCGGCAAGUUGUGUAUCUUGUGCUUCUAAUGUACUCAGGACUCCUGCCAUUUGUACCAUUAAAAGAAACUCAUCUGGAAGUAUUCCUGCCAUCAAUUUAUUUAAGGAGAAAAACAAAUCCAAAUGCAGCCUUUCUUCCAUUCCACUCAUUUUUGGCAAGAACAGUGGACUGUCUGUUAAUGAAGAAAUCACUUUUUGAACAUCUAAGUAAACGAGGCAUUCAGACAUAUUUAUGGGUCCUGAAUGAUGAUGAUGAAUUUAGAAAAGCAUUUGAGCUGGGUGCUACUGGAGUAAUGACAGACUAUCCUUCCAGGCUUAAAAGAUUUCUUAUGGAGAAUCCACAGUAUCAAUGAUGAAAUUAGAAGACAGUAAUGGUGGAGUGUGAUUCUGCUGUUACUGGUUUCACCAGCUUUUACUGAUGUGCAACAUAUAACAGGUUUUUUCCAAGGUAGAAGAUGGAUUUCAUUCAUUUCAUUUGCCAGAACAAGAGUUGCUGGAGGAAACUGGUUUGCUUUAUAUAUUUUUCAGUGAUUUGUUUCGGUGGUAUAACACUUUUAUAGACUUGGAUAUUUUGUCAUUUUUCCCUAUAGUAGAAAGAUGGAUCAGUUCUUAUGACAAGAAUCACUGAUCUCACAUUGCAUCCAAGUGAUGUGUUUUUUCCUCAUUUUAAAAUGGCAGGAACACAUUCCAGCAGCUAAGAACAAAUUAUUCAUUAAUGUGAAAAUGUAUGUGAAUGCAUGAUAAAUUUGUAUGUAUCAGUGUGUGUUAUUCUGUUUGAUGUUAUCAGUGAGACUGGUCUCAUUUACAUAGUUUACCCUUUAAUAUACUGAAUUACAUGUGUCCAUGCUGAAGUUUUCUUUUACGAAUAUCACCAUAUCAUUUGUAUGUGAUUUCCCCAGAUUAGGACACAAUUUAUAUGUACGUAAGCUGUACUCUUUGUGAGAAUGAGCUGAGUUUUUGAUGCAUUUCUGGUCUCUCAGCAUGGACAUACACAAAUAUAAAUGAAAAUAAUUAGGAGCAAAGUGUUGUUUUUCCAGAAGGUGAGGUUCAGUAUUUCACUGUCCAUUUGCGAGGCCCAGAAUUGAAUUCCAAGUGAGAAAGGUUGAAAAUUAAUUUUUUCUAUCUAAAAUUUCAGGAAAUGCAUGAAGGAAAAUGCAUUUUCUCAUUAAUUAAUUUUUAAUUCUAAUGGUGAUUAAGUUAUAAACUGAAACAAUCAGAUAUAUCAGGAAACUGCAUCUCUGUUCCUUCACCCCAACCAAAUUUUUUAACAAAUUUUGUUAUAUUUUGCACCUUAGCUGCAACAAUCUGAAGAACAAAACAAUAAUAUUUUGAGAGUUUCAAUAAGUGUCAAAUCAGAUUCUGUGACAAGACAGGUUAUUUUCCAUUAAAUCCAAAUCAGAAGAAAAUGGUAUAUUCAAGGUUUCAGUUUGGGUUUGAUUGAUUCUUAUGAAUUUAACUGUAUCAUGUGUUGCACACCCAUGAUGGUAGAUGUUGGUUCAGCGGGUCACGAAUUGCAAUUUUUACGGUAUAAAUUCUGUUACCAUUAAGUUUAAAUCUAGCUGGCAGAACUGUAAUAGUGGGAGAUUUAAAUCUGGAUAGUAAAGGUUAGUAACAAUUAUUCGGUUGUGUGGGUUAUGUAGUAUCCAGUGGGAUGAUGAUUGUG